GCUCUCUUCCUAUCUCUGUCAACGGCUCAGUAGUUUAGCAGUACGGAGAGACGAGGGCUGCUCCCUUUCUGCUCAGUCAGCCUAGCACACCGACACCAUACAUUCCGCCACCAUGGCUGCCACAGAUGUUGACGUGUUUUCGAAUGAAGAGAAGCGUAGCCUUAAUUUGGGCGGACAUGUUGGAUUUGACAGCCUCCCUGACCAGUUGGUCAGUAAAUCGGUCACACAGGGAUUUUGCUUUAACAUCCUGUGUGUAGGGGAGACUGGCAUCGGCAAAUCAACGCUAAUGAACACGCUGUUUAAUACCAUGUUCGAGAACGAAGAGGCGAGCCAUUACCAGAAUGCCGUGUAUCUGCGGCCGCGAACAUACGACCUGCUAGAAAGCAACGUCCACCUCAAACUGACGAUUGUUGACACCGUCGGCUUCGGUGAUCAGAUCAACAAAGAGGACAGUUACAAGCCCAUCGUUGACUACAUCGACACUCAGUUUGAAAACUAUCUGCAGGAAGAGCUGAAGAUCAAACGCUCGCUGUUUAACUACCACGACACCAGGAUCCACAUCUGCCUAUAUUUCAUCGCCCCAACAGGACACUCCCUCAAGUCCCUGGACCUCGUCACUAUGAAAAAAUUGGACAGCAAGGUGAACAUCAUACCGAUCAUCGCCAAAGCAGACACCAUUUCCAAGACUGAGCUCAACAAAUUUAAGAUAAAGAUUAUGAGCGAGCUGGUCAGCAACGGGGUCCAAAUUUAUCAAUUCCCAACAGACGACGAAGCUGUCAGUGAGAUCAACGCCUCCAUGAACGCCCUUCUGCCCUUUGCUGUGGUUGGGAGCGUGGAAGAGGUCAAAGUGGGGAACAAAACCGUGAGGGCCAGACAGUACCCCUGGGGUAUCGUGCAAGUCGAGAACGAGAUCCACUGCGACUUUGUGAAACUGCGAGAGAUGCUGAUCAGGGUCAACAUGGAGGAUCUGAGGGAGCAGACCCACGCCCGCCACUACGAGCUGUACCGCCGUUGCAAGCUGGAGGAGAUGGGCUUCAAAGAUACAGACCCCGACAGCCAGCCGUUCAGUCUUCAAGAGACGUAUGAGGCCAAGAGGAAAGAGUUCUUAGGGGACCUGCAGCGUAAAGAGGAAGAGAUGCGACAAAUGUUUGUCAACAAAGUAAAAGAGACGGAAGCAGAACUGAAAGAAAAGGAGAGAGAGCUGCAUGACAAGUUUGAGCAGCUGAAGCGGAUGCACCAGGAGGAGAAGAGGAAGGUGGAGGAGAAGCGGAGAGACCUGGAGGAGGAGAUGAACGGCUUCAACAGGAAGAAGGUGGCCGCCGAGACGCUCUCCUUAUCUCAGCCGCUCAAGAAGGAUAAGGACAAGAAAAAUUAAUUUAUGGGCGCUGCAUACCCUCCCACACACGACCAUGGAUUUGUCCUCCAUCACCAUAGCAACGACAACACCUGUUUAUUUUGUUUGUUUAUUUUGACAUUCCAUCUUGACAUUGUGCACAUGGACCAAAGACACUGAGGAUGAUGAGCAUGACGAAGCCACAGGGGAGAGAAAGAGUGAAAGAUGGUGAGAGAUAAAAUAAAAAAAUGUUCACCUGCCAACAGUGGCCAUCUCAUUAAUUCAGGAUCGUACAUUCUAUGCUUUUUUUGGACACUUUUUAUAAAUAUAUGCAAUUUUAGUUUUUCUAUGUUGUGACUUAAUGAUUUUCUGUUGUUUUUUGUGUUUUUCCAUCAACUAUUUACACAGAAACGUGAGGCUUAUGGCUCUACAUUGUAACACAUCAGGUCAUUUAAAACCGUUCAAUUUGUAUCCAAAGAGUUUAUGAUGAGCUUGAUCGUAUACUAACAUUUAAAUUACUAAAUGGAGACCAAGAAAUCAAGCUUUUUUUUAAAUACCUGAGUUUUGAAAUGUUUUGUGCCUGUUAACCUUUUGUAAUCAUUAAGUACAUUUCACAGUAGAAUAAUCCCUGAGCUCAAAUACAUUUAGAUAGCAAUAUGUAAAGCAAUACAACUGAGUACCUGUAUACUGUAUAUAUUACUGCAUAUACAUUGGUACUGACAACCUAAAGCUUAGUCCUAACUAUAUAAAAAAAGGUAUGCAAUAUUUUGGUGCUGUUUCGUAUUAACUCAAUAAAUGUAUGUGAAUAUUUUAUCGAGCUUACCCAGCUUAAAUAUGCAAAAUGACCUAGUUUUUCAAUAUGAUAUAAUUGUAAGGCGCACAUAUGACGGUGUACAUUGUCAACAAAUGAUGCAACUUUAUUGUUUCCGCCUUGAUGGGAGUGUGUGACCGUGGACACACACAUGAAGCCAGUAUAUACAGCAUAUGUACAAACACAGGAUUCAGGUAAACAUAGAAGCCUCAACUCGCUGUAGGAGAGUUUACACUCGGAGAGAAGAGAGCAGCUGUAUUUACUGUCUGUCGUUGGAAAUAAAUGCAACCCCCCCCUCAUCCUGA